GCCCAACCUGCCCGGAUGCAGCGGGCCGAGGCGCCACCGCCAUCUUUGCCCGGAGAGCAGUGAGCUGAUCGUGGCUGGGCCCCCCUCAGAGCCAUCGGCCUCCAUCCGCCCCGCGCAGCCCCCGCCGCCCUCACUCGCCAGACAUGGACGAUCGGGAGGACCUCGUCUAUCAGGCCAAGCUGGCCGAGCAAGCCGAGCGCUACGAUGAAAUGGUUGAAUCAAUGAAAAAAGUGGCUGGAAUGGAUGUGGAAUUGACAGUCGAGGAACGAAAUUUGCUGUCUGUUGCCUACAAAAAUGUGAUCGCUAGAAGGAAACUGUGGAGAAUAAUCAGCAGCAUUAGACAGAAAGGGAAAACAAGGGGUGGAGAAGACAAAUUAAAGAUGAUCCGGGAGUAUCGGCAAAUGGUUGAGACUGAAUUGAAACUAAUCUGUUGUGACAUUCUGGAUGUACUGGACAAACACCUCAUUCCAGCAGCCAACACUGGCGAAUCCAAGGUUUUCUAUUAUAAAAUGAAAGGGGACUACCACAGGUAUCUCGCUGAGUUUGCCACAGGAAAUGACAGAAAGGAAGCUGCUGAGAACAGCCUGGUGGCUUAUAAAGCUGCUAGUGACAUUGCAAUGACAGAACUUCCUCCUACACAUCCCAUCCGCCUAGGUCUCGCCCUCAACUUCUCUGUUUUCUACUAUGAAAUUCUUAAUUCUCCUGACCGUGCCUGCAGGUUGGCGAAAGCCGCUUUUGACGACGCUAUCGCAGAACUGGAUACGCUGAGCGAAGAAAGCUAUAAGGAUUCUACACUUAUCAUGCAGUUGUUACGUGAUAACCUGACACUAUGGACUUCAGACAUGCAGGGUGAUGGUGAAGAACAGAGUAAAGAAGCGCUGCAGGAUGUGGAAGAUGAGAACCAGUGAGACAUAAAGGCCAAUAAGAGACCCCCAUCUCUGUCCCCUCUCACCUCUCCCCCCCCCCUCGCCCUUCCCCAGCCCCUCAAUGUCACUGGGACCCAUCCAAUCAAUUGUUUUGCGAUGGCUCUCAGAAUUUAGGUUCCUGCCCUGUUGGUUUUUUUUUUUUUUUUACACAAUUGAAAAUUUCUUUCAAGGCAAGAGUGAAUGUCUGUGGAUUUUACUGGUGCCAGCGUCGUUCCUUUUAAGACACUAACCAGGCUGGCUGUGUAGAGGCUUUUUCUGCGUCACUCUGUUGUCUUCUGUCAGGGGUUGAAGGUGACAUCUGGAAGCCAUUAGAAUUCCUAGAGGAGGCUGUGUUGCGCCGGCAGGGCGCACCCGGUGGCAUUUUUUUUUCCUUUUUUUUUUAUAAUUGUUGAAACAAUUUUAUACCAGUGUUUGAAAUUAAUUGGGCGUUUAGCUUGAAGUUACAGGUUGCGUUGAAACAGUUCUUGUAAUGGUUUUUGCUGUAAAAAAAAAAUAACAACACCCACAAACACAACAAACAAACGAAAAAGAUAUCGCUGCGGCAGACAGUGCUGGUAACAGUUUAACAAUCCGGGGCUGCUCAUUCUUGCCUUCUCAUUUUCCCUCCAAGCAGGUUAGCAUUGAAGAUGGCGUUGAAAAAAAAACAAAUAAAUAGCCUGCAUGUGUGUUCAAUAUUUUUCUCUCCCGUUCCCCCCUCCCUCUUCGCUAGCUCAACCUCCUUUUUGUUCAGUAUGUGUAACUUGAAGCUAAUUUGUACUACUGGAUAUCUGACUGGAGCCACAGAUACAGGAUCUGUAUUGUUCUUACUGAAACACAGCAUGGAAUUAACAUUAAACUUAAAUAAAACAACCCUAAAUUAAAACGAUGCCAAAUACUACCGCUACUUUUCCCGGGUAGCUGUUUAGCGAGAGAUGCAGGUAGAGCGAAGAGCAGGGCCAAAGAGAGAGAGAGAGAGAUUUCAGGGAGGGCCCUUGCCAGGAACUUAAUUAAAAUGUCCCAAACGAGGGGGCGCAAAUCUAAAUGCGUAGCUGCACGUCGCGCACCAACUUGGGCAGUAAACCCAACUAGGGUUUCCCAUCUGCGUAAGCGUUGUAGCCCAAGCAAAUAUUGUUCCAGUAAAGCAGAGAGGCAUACCCCCUAAGAAUGCUUGCCGGAGCUUGGGUUCGGGUUGAGCUGUUACAGCCCAUCCUUGAAAGCCACCCUCUCUGAUUUCUACCGACUCUCUCUUUAAAAGUUCUGCUCAGCCGUAAGUGAUGUACAGCCCCUUUUAGCCAUGUGCUGGCAAAACAUAGCAGGGAUUGUGGGGAAAUCCUAUAUCAAACCCCCACCUCACCCCCCACCCCCAAGUGUUUCUUGUGUCGCUUCAGUCUUCUUUCCUGGUAAUUCCUGACACCGUCCUCCUCGUCUGAACUAUCUCCUUGCCUUUUAGUUUCCUUUGGGCUUUCCCCUUGAAUUGAGCAGCGAGAGUGUUGGAUAAAUAAAAUGCUGUGUAAAGAUUCUGCCCUUCCGACUCUCUUCUGAACCGGGAAAACGCUUCCGCUGCAGUCCGUCGCCAGGCAGGGCUGGUAGCCUCCGCUCCUAACAGCCCUUCGCGCCCAUAUUAGUCAAAGCUGGCGUUCAGUGGAAGAGCUACUGAACCGCAUGCUAUGCUAGCAUCUUCCAGUGAAGAGGGGCCUUGGCUAACAUGGCUGGGAACAGCUCUUCUCUCUUCCAGGGGGGGACAGGUGUGUGCGCAAAUAAAGGCUCAUAAGUGUUUGGUAACCCUUGGCUUUGGGGGUGGGAGCAGGGAGGGUCCUUCAGCUGUAUUUCCCUCUUUGAGAUGGUGCAGCAAUCUGGGUCAGUACUGGAUGGUCCAUUUGCUUUCUCUUGGCUGCUUAUUACCUUCAGCAUUUCCAGACUGCCUUUUGUAAAGAAGGCGCCCCUCCCCGGCCUCUGCCUUGCAAAUGUUCUCCAGCCCACAUAGCCCAGUCCUCGACUGGCUUGCCUCCAGCUUCAGGGCCGGAGGGAGAGCUUGCCAUUGUUUUAACGAGUUACUGCUGGUACUUCUCCACUCUUCCCUGCAGAUGAAAAAGGGCUACACACUCUAAAGCCCGUUGCCUGCAGAGGUGAGUGGGUUAUGGAGGGGUAGCUGUUUCCCGGCCCCUGUGGAAUAGUCCAGGGCACGUUGGGCAGGCAGGCGGCGCACGCAUGACCCUUUUUCUGAGUGCAGGCCAUUCGAAAUUAAUCCGUCGACCACUUUCAGGUCCAGGUGCAAAUUUGCUCAGAGUAAGGUGGGAGGUGGUGAGAAAACAAGAGCCCAGUGUUGCCUUUUCGUGCGGAGGGUGGCCAAAGGCUGCUGUGAGGAGUCCCAGUGUGAAAUGGGUGCCCGAUGCUGCCCCCUGUGCCACGUCCCCACACAGAAACAGCAUCCGCGUUCCUAAGCAAACGAGCCAAACGGGCUCGAGCGUCAGCAGCCCCUUUCUCCCCUUCACGGCAAACAUUUCACAAUCCAAUCAACCGGUGGGGAUGCUAAACUUGUUUAAGGCUGCUUGCUUUUAGCUUAACUUGCUCUGUCCUCCUUUUCAUCUCUAGCUGGAAUCGUACUUGUUUCUAAGACCCUUCUUAGCUCUAUUACGUGACACUAUUGCAUUUCAGAUGGCUGUGAGUGUGUUGAUAUCUGUCCCCGAAACAAACUUCUUUCACACGCUCAGCCUUGGUGCUUGGGCCAGGUCCUGCAGGCCCCAAGUGAGAAACAGCUGCUGCUUCCUUACGUGGAGGAUGACACAGCACAGGCGCAAGGAGCGGGUUGAGAGUAAAACAUUUUCCACGUUUUUUUCCCCUCGGGGGAGAAGAAUCCCCGCCCCCCCACCCCUCUACAUCGACAUAACAUGCAUUAUCUAAACCACACACAGAAUUGUACUGUUUGGUUAUAUUUAUGAAAUUUUAAACUUGGUUUUCAAGAAAUAAUUUCAAAUAUUUGUGGUGUCACAGGUGAAGCAAAUAAGUAUAUCUUAGUGCAGUUGGAAAAAUAAAAACAUUAAAAAUGGAAA